ACACUGAAGAAAAAAAAAUUGCGGAUUUUUUUUCAUCAAAACAAAAUCAAUUCAAACUUGUUCAAAUAAAUUUUGUUCGAUAUGAAUGAUGAUUUGAAAAACAAUUUCAACAGGAACUGUUGCCAAUAAUUGCUAGUAAUUUCACGCUAAAAGCAUUGUACUUAGUUCGAGGUGAUUUAUUGAAGAUAACAUAUUAAUAAUCAACGACAUAUUGAAAAUCGAACAUUUAAUGUGCUUACAAGACGUAACGAAAUAAAUAACAAAAAAAAUGUAUGCAGAAGUUGAUGUUUUUAUAUCAAAUUACACGCUAGUUGAUGCAGAUAUUUUUCAACUAUGGACCGAAGGGUAUUCGUCCACCGAAGCGGUUCAUUUUCAAAAUACAAAAGGAGUUGCCAGAAAUAUGGGUGCACCAUUGGAAUUGAUAGCAUCGGAUGUAUUAGAUCAUUACCGAACAUACUCACUUUUGGAACGUUUGUUAUACACACCAACAAAAUUGUCCGAACAACCAUCGUUUCAACUUCAACCAUCAAGUCAACAACUUCUCAUCGAAAAAUACUACAAUUUAGAUGAUACCGUUGCACGUGAAAUACUCGGCAAGAAGCUAUCGUCUCGGUAUCGAAAGGACUUGGAUGAAGUUGCCGAUCGAACGGGAAUUCGAUUAAAGUCAUGCCGUCGACAGUUUGACAAUGUCAAGCGAAUAUUUAAAUGUGUCGAAGAAAUGGCGGGCAACGUCUCAAACAAUAUCAAACAAAACUUUUUGCUGCCCGAUGAACUUGCUCGAAAGUAUUCGGUGAUUGUUUUCAUCGCUUGCAUCAGAUUUGAAACGUCCAAGCGACGUCUUGCAUACUUGGAUUUCAGUGAUUUCUUCGAAUGCGCACAGGCAAUCAUGACUUAUUGGACGUAUACUUAUCAACACUCAGGACCAGAAUAUUACGACACCGAAAUGGAUCGCGAAUUCUUAUUGGAUUUAAGAGAAGUGCGAAGUUUAUUGGACAAAGAGAAGGAAAUCAAACAUUUGGUAUUGAUUCGUCUAAAAGCGGUUAUACUUGAACGCGCCUACCAAGAAUUGGAUCUAAAUUUUAGAUCAUACUGGCGAUCUUUGAUUACAAUUGCGAUAAAUUUGCAUCGUACCCGUGAGCUUCGUUGUCUGUUUAUGGAUCUUUCUGAGAAGUUAAUUGAACCAUGGCGACAAAAUCAAUGGCAAUUAGAAACGGUAAAACUAUUUUUGCCCGCAGUAAAUACCGCGGUUUUGGAUUUGGAGGUGGCAAGAGAACAAGAAAUACGUUGUUUAUGGGACCGAUAUAUGCAUGUAAUCAGCAGUUGUUUGAUAAAAAUGUAUCACAGUUAAUAUGUACUUAAGCGGUGCCAAGAUGCUUAUUCCGAUGUUAAAUAGUUUUAGUUUGAAAAAUCGAAGCGUUGAUAUAACACGCGUUAUUGUUCACCAUUCGCUAAAAUGUGUUGCGCAACAAAUAAUUUUUGAAACAAAAAAAGGAUUUUAUCCCAAAUUUAAAACUAAACUUAAAUAUUUCGAAACGCUCAUUUUACAUCUAGAGAUGUUAGAAUAUCAUGGCUGAGCACUUUGCAAUACGGCCAAUAGAGAGUAAGCUGUUUUCAUAAUCUGAAAAUAAAUGUUAUUUCCAAAGUUUGA